ACAAGGGGCAGUACUGCCUGAAUUGUUGCCUGACGUGAGGGAGAGUUACCAGCAAAACCUGGCCGAGCGUCUCCUCCACACUCAGAGUGUGUUGGCAGCUCUGGGUUUUGAAUGCCAGCUUUCAAUGGGAAGAGGGAAUUUACAUCUACAGGGCAGAAGCUAGAGCGGCUCCACGUGGGCAGCACGGCUGGAGCAGGGCUGAGAGGUCCCAGUGUUCGGCGCCCACGGCGCGGUCCUCCGAGAAGUGGCUGCCAGGCUCCAGAUCCACCGGGAAGCCAUGAGAUCUCUCCCCGGAGAAGACCUGGAAAGUGCCCUGCUGGACAAGGUGGAGCUGAGGCGCCAGCUCAUCUCCCAGACGGUAGAAGAGGUGCAGAAGGUCGUCCACUGUCUGACCACGGAAAUCAGCCACCAGGACACCCGGUUCCAAGCCGUGCCAUGCUCAGACACAUACCACGGACACAUCAAGGUCCUGGCACCCCGCCAGCUCUUGGUCACUGUGCCGGUGCGAGGCCUGGCCGGCUACCGGGAAGCACGGGCGCAGCGCUGGCGCUACUACUCGCUGCAGGGCACACGGCUGCGCUGCCCGCUGCGGGCGCCCGAGGGCCUGGCGCAGUGGCUGGAGCUGGAGCAGUUCACCAGGCCUCUGGGGCUGUGGCACGGGCCAGACGUGAGCACCGAGGGUGACCUGGUGCCCGCCAAGGUCCUGCAGGUGUUCCGGACGCUGCUGGAGCGCGCCAUCGCCACCUGCGGCCUGGCUGGCCAGGCCAGCCUCCUGGAGGACCGCACUGCCAUCUGGGUGGUGGUGGAGACGGGCUCGGGCCCGGUGGACGUGGAGCUGGCCCCCACCGUGGAAGUGCCCGGCACCUGGCCGGGGAAGGCGCGGUGGCCCCGGUGUCUGAGGCGCUGGCCGCCCCCGGAGACGGUGCAGUGCGUGAAGUCGUUUGGGUUCAGCUUGGUGGCUGGCGGCGGCUACCACUGGCAGCUGAGCUUCGUGCAGGCCGAGCGGGCGCUGCUGGUGCAGAUGGACGAGGACGGGGGCUGCCGUCGCCGCUGCCUGCGGCUGCUGAAGCAGCUGACAGAGGACGUGUGGUGUCCUGGGCCGAGGCCACUCAUCACCGCCCAGCACCUGGAGACCGUGCUCCUCUGGACCUGUGAGAAGCACCCGCAGCCCAGGGCCUGGCGGGAGCCGGGGCCGGCGCUCCUGCGCCUGGUACGGAAGCUGCACAAGUGCGUGAGCCAGCACCUCCUCAGGCACUACUUCGUGCCCCACAGCAACCUCCUGCAGUCCACCCACCCCCACGAGCUCCACGGCGUGGCCCAGAAGCUGGCAUUCUUCCUGAAGAACCCCAACCUCCGCCUGCCCGGGGGCGACCAGCCGCCCCCCACCUGACCACGCUGCCACGCAGGGGCUGGGAGACCCCCUGGCCAACCCGGAGGCCAUUCUGACUCUGUUUCCCUGUCUGACCCCCUGGACCUGGGCAAAGUCCUUGAGCUCCAUAUCCAAAGUAAGCAGCAAGAAGCAAGGGUGGAGGUGUGGCUCACAUAGUAGAGCUCCUUCAGACAAGGGAACAAAGCAAAUUCAAGG